UUAUUUGGAAGCAGAACUAUAAAAACUGGGCUACUGACAUUGGGAAGGUAGUAUUCAAGUGACGACAGUACAAGCAAGUACAGAGAGGUGCUUGAAGCAAAGAUGCGCGUAUUAAUUUUGACCGCUUGUGUUUGCUGUGCUUUGGCAGCAUUGUUGUACACGACAAAUGCUGAGCCCAUACCACAAGGACCACCGCAAGCGCCUCAAAAGCCAGCUAUAGAGAGUCGCAAUCGUCGUGCUGCUCAAGGACCACCACAAGGAAUACCACAAGCGCCACAAAAGCCAGCUAUAGAGAGCCGUACUCGUCGUGCUGCUCAAGGACCACCACAAGGAAUACCACAAGCGCCACAAAAGCCCGCUAUAGAAAGUCGCUAUCGUCGUGCCGCUCAGGGACCACCACAAGGAGUACCACAAGCGCCACAAAAGCCAGCUAUAGAGAGUCGAUACCGUCGUGCCGCCCAGGGACCACCACAAGGACCGCCAGGUGGCGGUAUGGGUGGUAUGAUGGGCGCUGGUAUGGGUUUCAACAUUGGUGCAAGCGCAGGAGGACAGGGUGGUGCUCAGGGUCAAGGUGGCGCGAAAUAGUUUACCAAAAUGAAUGGAUAAUAUUGAGAUAUAAAAUUUUAUGAUAAUAAAAAAUAUCAGUGCAGCAAAACAAAAGAAAA